AUGAGUGCAGAAGAAGGCAAUUCUCGAGCGGAUUCUCCCACGGUAGAAGAGGAACGUCCGCCGGGGGCUGGAGAGGUGGCCGAGCAUGAGAUCGUAAAAAUGGAGGACGUAAUUACUAUCGAUCCGGAAACUACGGAGGUCGAUUUGAAUCACGGACGUAUCGGCAAGAUCGAGAAUCUCGAACCUCUAACCAAACUUGAACGUCUAUAUUUGCGGUGGAAUUUGAUAAAGAAAAUUGAAAACCUAGAUCAUCUCACUGCACUGAUCGAGCUGGAGCUGUAUGACAAUCAAAUAACGGAGCUGGAAAAUCUGGACCAACUUGUCAAUUUGGAAAUGCUAGACGUGAGCUUUAAUCGACUCCAUCAAAUUAAGAACCUUUCCACACUGACAAACUUAAGAAAGCUAUUUCUUUGCGCUAAUCGCAUAACUUUGAUUGAAAAUUUGGGUCAUUUAACCAAUCUCACCAUGCUCGAGCUGGGCGAUAACAAAAUCCGGAAAAUCGAAAAUCUGGAGAAUCUCUCCAACCUCACUCAUCUGUAUCUGGGCAAGAACAAGAUAACAAAAAUUGAAAAUCUGGAUAAGCUGACCAAGCUGGAAUGCCUGAGCUUGCAGUGCAACAGGUUAACUAAGAUCGAAAACUUGGAUCAGCUGACCAAUCUAACCGAGUUGUACCUGUCGGAAAACGGCAUAGAAACGAUCGAAAAUUUGAAUCAAAACAGGCUAGUUGAAACGUUAGACCUGGCGAAGAAUCGGGUAAAGGCCAUCGAGAACAUCGAUCAUCUGGAGGUAUUGGAGGAGUUUUGGAUGAAUGACAACGGCGUCUCUGAGUGGAGCAGCGUGGAAAAGCUGGCAAGCAACAAACGCUUAGCUACCGUUUAUUUGGAGCGCAAUCCAGUGGCCAGUGAUGUUAAUUAUCGCCGAAAACUGAAGCUAGCUGUGCCUUGGUUGCAGAAGAUCGAUGCUACGCUCUGUCGUUAGAUUGUGAUGUUUUUUAUCGAUCAAAUACAUCUAAGAUGCGUUGUGGGUAAUACGAAAUGCAUUUUGUGAAGCGGUCAUUCAUCUGUAGUUGUAUAGAAUACAGUCUUUAUUGCUAGUUUAAGGUAAAAUAGGAAUGUGUAGUAAUCGAACAGCAUCCAAUGAGUCACAAAACAUGUUGCUUUAAAAUAUUGCUAGUAAAUAUUACUCCUUUGUAUUGGCGCACAAGUCUAAAUGAAAAUACCUCUCAUUGGCUAUUGCAUUGGCAAAUAUGUAUUUUAGUUAAAUAAUACGAAAGGCAACUCCUAUAAAGCAGCAAAAUAUUGAUAGUAAAG